AUGGCAAUCCGGAGAAGAAGAUUUAUCCUGCUUGUGGUAGCAUGCAUUCUCUUCUUGCUCUGGCGUCUACCGGAUUCUGGUUCCAGUCAGCCUGGGACCAUUCGACAUGAGAUUCUGAUCACUCAAGAGGAGUCUAUUCCGGGAGAGUCUUCACAGUCUCACGGAGCAGAGAGAGAGCCAGAGCCAUUCAAAUCCCAAUCGUCCAGCAAAUCCACGCCUCAGGACACGCAGAAGUUAUCUCAAGUACAUCCACUUCUCAGCCCCAUUACUGACUUUAUCCCGGUCCCCAAACCCCCAACAUCUAAACUUCCUCGCGUUCAGUAUGGAUUCAAACCCGAGAGCAAGGCUGCCACAGAAAUCCGCCAUGCCCGACUGGAGAAAAUCAAAGAAGCCAUGUUCCACUCAUGGAAUGGCUAUCACAACAGAGCCUGGCUGAAGGACGAAUUGGCCCCGGUCACAGGAGGUUAUAGAACGACUUUGGGCGGCUGGUCGGCCACCUUGGUCGACGCACUCGACACUCUCUGGCUCAUGGGCCUGAAGGACGAGUUCGAAGAUGCACUUCAAGUGGUAUCUGGCAUCGACUUCGACACUCCUGCCCAUCUUCCCAUCAACGUCUUUGAAACGACGAUUCGCUAUCUGGGCGGCCUGCUGGGCGCAUACGAUGUGAGCAAUGGGAAAUAUCCCAUCCUGCUCCAAAAGGCCCGGGAAGUCGGCGACAUGCUCUAUGCUGCAUUCGACACCCCCAACCACAUGCCAGUGACUCGCUGGUCGAAGAUCGGCGUCGAAGUCGCCGAGGGCAAUGCUCUAAUCGCAGAGCUCGGUUCACUCAGCUUGGAAUUCACACGACUCACGCAACUUACGGGCGAUCCGAAAUUCUACGACGCCAUCCAGCGAAUCUCGGACUGUCUUGAGAGCCAGCAAAGUCGGACCAAAGCACCGGGUCUGUUCCCUCACACCGUCAAUGCGAGAGAAUGUUAUUUUGGCGACGGCGUCACAUUCUCCAUCGGCGGCUUUGCAGACUCGGUGUACGAAUAUUUCCCCAAGGAAUAUCAAUUGCUAGGCGGAGCCAUGGAGCAGUACCGAUCCCUCCAUCAAAAUGCCACCGACGCUGUGAAGAAAUUCAUCCUCUUCAGACCCAUGACGCCGGAUAAUGAAGAUAUUUUGAUGGCAGGUACACUCAAGGCGUUCAGACCGGGACACGUCGAAUUGAACCCACAAAUGCAACAUCUCGCCUGUUUCGCUGGGGGCAUGUUCGCGCUGGGAUCCCAACUUUUCAACUGUCCUGAUGACCUCGACGUCGCUCGGAGACUAGUGCACGGCUGUAUCUGGGCCUACAACCAGACCCCGACAGGCAUCAUGCCCGAAUUGUUCCACGUCGUCCCCUGCCCUGACGAAAACGACGACCCUGAAUGUAACUGGGACGAAAAGGCCUGGUCCAAAGACAUGCUGCGGCGCAACUCCAACGACGAAUCUUCUCAGGACAAAUACCUCCUCGAAUCCGAGCGGUUGCGCCAGAAAGCCCAGCGUCUUCGCCUACCCAAAGGCAUCUCGGCAAUCGCCAGCCGAGGCUACGAACUGCGUCCCGAAGCCAUUGAAUCCAUCUUCGUCUUCUACCGGAUCACCGGGGACGAAACGCUGCGCGAAUCCGCAUGGCAAAUGUUCGAAGCCAUCACGUCCCGCACCCGGACAGAAUGGGGUUUCUCGUCCAUCGACGACGUGACUAAUGUGAAUACGUGGAAAGUGGACAAGAUGGAGAGUUUCUGGAUGGCUGAGACAUUGAAGUAUUUCUGGCUGUUGUUCGAGGAACCGGGUGUGGUGUCCCUCGAUGAGUUUGUGCUGAAUACAGAGGCGCAUCCGUUUCGAUUGCAGACGAAAUAA